GUAAUACCAAGGUUCCACCGAGUCGAGCCAUCUCGCCCAUUCAGAACACGGCUUGUGACGCCAGUUGUAUCCAAAUUGGUAACACGAUAGCCCGGAUGACGCCUGGCCCACUCCUCCUCCUCCUCCUCCUCUCUGCAUCUCCGCGUCCCAAGCGUACUCCCUUAAGUUGGACGCCUAUGUAUGCCACUUGAGUAGAUUAGCCGUUUCUAUAAGCGACUUUCUUAUUUCCAAUAUCCCAGCACAUUUCAUUAGACUUUAACAACUCCAAGCGCACCAUGCGUGCCCGCAUCUCCCCGGAAGACCUCCCUCCUGUGCCUCCUCCGGUACGCGCAACACUAGCUGAGACACUGCCUCCUGAUAAUCUGGAUUCUGAGCACCUAGACAUUUUGAAUCUAGCCAUAUCAAAUCUGCUCCGCACUAAACUCGCCGAGUUCACGCUGGCCCAGAUAGUUGACGGGUUGCCAACGUGUUCGUCAUUUGCUCAAUUUCAUUACGGCGCGCCUGAUGGACACCCUGCGAUUGAACAUGAAAAUCUAUGCCCCGGUGCCCUAGAGAAAGUUCGCGAAUUUCGGUUGGCAUUCCAUGUCACGUCUCUCAGAUUUAGUCCAGCGCUCUUACAGGGAUACCAAGAUGCACAACCCAACACCCGCGCGUUCUGCCUUCGCCUUGUUGAGAUGUUAGCAGUAGCCUUCCAUCAAAUCGCUGCAUUUUUAUAUGGACUUGAUGAGGAGAACGAGCAUAGAAAGGCUUAUGAAGUCUGGGCUGUUGAACAGCACAGGUUGAAGGCUGCUGGCGACGAACGGUACCGGUUUUAUGAGGAGGCAGAACCCCCGACUGCAUUCUACCAUCGCUCGUACCGCGACCACGAACAGUAUCCGCGCGCUGUGGCUGACUUAGUCGGUUAUUGGGCUGAGUCGAAGAUCUUCGGAGGCGUGGUGCUGUUUGACCGAGGGGAAUCCGAAACAGAGUGCAAGGAGAUCUGGAUAGACCCCGCUAAUCUUCCAGGACCGCGCACUAUGUAUCCUCCCACAGCGGACCAGCUCGACAAACUGAUACAAUUCUUGUUGUCAAGUUCGUGUGCAACUGUCGAGUGCCCCUUGCCUAUCAUGGCCUCCAAGCUCAACAGGCCACGUUACUAUCGAUAUCACGCAACCAAGUACUUCCACAUCUUUCGAGAUAAAUACGAUAGUAGGCUUCCAGAAUGGUUUGUUCGCCCCGGGGGCUGUGUUAUAUAUCCGAUAGACUUUCCUGAAGUUGAAGAUGAAAAUAUUAUCAUGUUACAGGUCAUGUGGGCGGAUGGUACUCCGCCAGACGAAGAUGUCAUAGCGGCUGCCAGAGAAAGGCUGAAAGUAAUUACGCCCUCAUCCCCAUGCUGGCCGCAUGACGAUAAAAGAUACAUAUAAACUGGUGUAGCUCUACUCAUCUUGCCCGAAGAGAACAAUUAAGCCUACCCAGGGACGCAAGCAAGAUCGUACAGCGCCGUGGGGUCUCUUUGCAGAAUAUCUUGCUAUCAGCACUCAAGCUUACUUUGUAUCCCUGAAAACGGGGGAUAGAUUGUUCAAUCUGUACCUGCUUCACCUUCUGUAACAGCAGGAAAUACUGAUUUCUUGGCCAUUCUAGUCAGCGAUUUGAGGUAUAGCUAUUACUUGGACUAUGAAAAGCACUUAUAAAGCAACGUGCUAGGUUUAAGAUUUUAAGACCAAUAUGAAACUUGUCCAUCAUAAUUAUUGACAAAGGGGCCUUAGAAGAAUUCAUGCCCGAGAUGUUGGAAGCCUUCAAUCAAUGAAAAGGAAUGGAUCCGGAGAUUUUAGGUAGCCAAGAUCAUAUU